CUUCACCUCCUCGCAUACCGUUGGUAAUGAGUGAGUUUAUGAUAGGUCAAUAUCGGUUUAUUCGUGAAUCCAAGCAAAACUUGCUUUACGACCAGGUGAUAAUAUGUCCGACAGUCCAAUGACUCCUGCAACAGUAAAAUAUACGACAACAUAAUAAUAUAAGGAUCGUCGCGCGCGGUUGCUGCAAACAGUCUUUCGUGAAUUUAGUUUACAUUUGCCGGCAGGUCACGGUUAAAAUCCGACGCCAUCCAUCGUCAUCAUACACACCACGUCGUCGGCGUAGCCAACAAAUCCGAAAUCGUAAAUAUUCGAGAAAAUAAUAUUAUCAAAUUAUGGUUUCCGCUUCGCUACAUUUUCAGACGCGAACAGUAGUUGCCCUAUUAUUGCUGUUGCAGUGCCCGUUCGUGGUCAUUGGCGUAUCGCCGCCGCAGUAUUAUCCGCCGCUAUUCCAAUCGGCACUGAAAUUUUUGGAAGAAACACUGGUAUGGGAAUCCAACGAAACUGUCGACCGGGCGAAGGUGCUUUCGGAAUACGAUUUUAUCGUGGUCGGGGCUGGGAGCGCCGGAUCAGUAGUGGCGAGCAGACUGUCCGAAGUGAAAAAAUGGCAGGUUCUGUUGAUCGAAGCCGGACAACACGCCACACACAUCAUGGACGUACCUUUGGCCGCUCCGUUUUUGCAAUUUUCCUCGAUCAAUUGGAAAUACAGAACAGUUCCGAUGAAAAACUCAUGCCUUGGUUUCGAAGGCAGUCGAUGCAAAUUUCCGAGAGGCAAAGUCAUGGGUGGCAGUAGCGUACUGAAUUACAUGAUAUAUACACGUGGUAAUAGAAAAGAUUACGACAAUUGGGCAGACAUGGGAAACACGGGUUGGGACUAUGACAGCGUUUUGAAAUAUUUCAUCAAAUCGGAAAACGCCAACUUGUCUGACGCUGAGCCGGGUUAUCACGGGAGAAACGGAUUGCUGUCGGUGUCCGAUGUCCCGUACAGGACGCCUAUUGCGAAGGCUUUUGUGGAAGCUGGAUCGCAAAUAGGACUUCCGGUUGUAGACGUCAACGGGGAGAAACAAGUCGGGAUUAAUUAUUUACAGACAACCAUGAAAAACGGUCGCCGCUGGAGCACAAAUACGGCGUUCCUGUUUCCUGCGAAAAAAAGACUUAACCUGCACGUGAAGAAGCUCAGCAUGGUAACGCGGAUACUGAUAGACAGACAAAAGAAAAAGGCAAUCGGAGUGGAAUUUGUUUCAAAAGGGAAAAAAACCAAAGUAUACGCCAGAAAGGAAGUGAUCGUUUCCGGCGGUGCCAUAAACACACCACAGCUGCUCAUGCUGUCCGGAAUCGGGCCCAAGAAACACUUGGCGGACCUCCGGAUUCCGUUGGUGAUGGACUUGCCGGUCGGCGAGAACCUCAUGGACCACGUGUCGCUCGGCGGUCUGGUGGUGACGGUGAACGAUACCGUAUCAAUAAGGCUGCACAAGAUAUUCGACGACCCAAAUAUUCUGAACGACUUGCUGCAAAACCACAAUGGCCUCUACACAGUGCCGGGUGGACCUGAAGCGCUAUCCUUCGUGGACGUGGACAGUCCAAGUUUGGCGGACGGACAUCCGAAUCUCGAACUGCUUCUGGUGUCUGGAAUGUACUCGUCCCACGAGSUGRUGCCCAAGCUGUGCGGMAUGARGGCCGAUCUGUACGACGCAGUGUAUCGGGACACCGAGGGCAUGGACGGGUUCACGGUGUUCCCGAUGGUGAUGCGUCCCAAGAGCCGUGGACGCGUGUGGCUGAGAGACGACGACCCGUUCCACCACCCGCUGAUCGACCCAAACUAUUUCGCCGACGAGACCGACCUGGACGUGCUCGUAGCCGGAGUCCGGAUUGUCCAGCGGAUGCUGCGCACGGGACCGAUGAGGUCACUCGACGCCACGGUCUUGGAAACGCCGCUUCCGGGGUGCGCGCAACACGUAUUCGACACUGACGCGUACUGGAAGUGUUCCGCCCGGCAGAUGUCGUUCACGAUCUAUCACCUGUCCGGCACGUGCAAAAUGGGACCGGCCACCGAUCGGACUGCCGUCGUCGACCCGAGAUUGCGCGUGCACGGCGUCAGCGGCCUGAGAGUGGUGGACGCGUCGAUCAUUCCUGAACUGCCGGCGGCUCACACCAACGCCCCGACGAUCAUGAUCGCGGAAAAAGCGUCCGACAUGAUCAAGGAGGACUGGGACGAACGGACGUAGUGUAUUAUUUCGAGUGAUAAUAAUAUCAUUGAUCAGCAGCGUUUAUAGAAUAUUAUUGAUUCAUUAUGUGAUUGGCGCCAAUUGAGUUUUUCAUAACAGGCGCCGAAAUUUAAAGCGCCCGAUUUUUUUUCACCGUCAGGCCACUUUAUAUAGUUACAAAUACUCUUGCAUCAUAACAUCAUGUAUGGUGUCGAAAUGUUAUUUAUUUAAUAUUUUGUUUUAAUUGGUAAGCGCUGUUAGUUGGAAAUAGCUUUCGCCAUGCAUACCAAUAAAAUACAUUCUUUAAUAAUAAAUAUACAUCAACUCCAUA